AUGAAAAGUUCAAGAGCAUCACAUACUCCUGCUCCGAAAGUGAAAAUCUCAAGAGAAUCACGUACUCCUGUUCAGAAGUCAGAAGCUGAAAGCCAGGAACAACAAACAGCAAAACUAGAAAAGGCAAAGGCAAAACAAGAAAAACUUUCAGCUCAAAUAAUACAGAGAAAUUGGCUCACUUAUUUGGACAAAUCAUUAUUUCGACUUCUAAAACAUACAAUCUGUGCAGCGGAAUAUUUUGCAUCAUAUGAAAUACUGAAGAAAGUGAGUCCUUUAGAGGCCCAACUUGUCAAAGAUCCUAGCAUGAAGUAUAAAGUCAGAUUCAGAUUUAAUGGUGAACAUUUUCCACCCUACAUAGUGUUUAAAAUUUUUCUUCAGACUGAUAGCUGUAAAUGCAAGUAUUUCAGCGGGAAAAACGUAUUAAUGGCGUCGAAUGAGGGAAUGUGCAGUGCUUACAAUAUGAUGGGGAAAAAGAAAUUUUAUCAGCAGAUUAUGGAAGAUGAACGUUAUUACCAGAAGUUUAAAGUAACUGAUCAAAAGGAUAUUGUCACCCAGAAAGAUUAUGUGCAAUAUAAUAGUCUUCUUGAUGAAAUCCCUGCCUCAUCUGGUGGCAGGAAUAACUACUGGCGAAGAUUAACCCUUCAAAACAUUCCCAAGGCAAUGAUGAUGUAUGACAUACUUAAUUAUGUGGAGACUGGUGUCAUCUCAGAGCGUUUACAGAAAAAAAUGAAGUAUCUGUUACAGAAACCACAGACAGAAGAGAUGCGUCAGCAGCAGAUGCAGGUGGUUUCUGGUAUGAGCUGCUCAUCCUUGUCAAGAGUCUGUAGUUUAUAUCGUCCGUAUCAGCAGCCAGCUGAUGUGAAACUAACCACUCGUUAUCCUAAACUGGCUCAAAUGAGAGUUGACAAAAUGAAAAAAGGUUAUGUAAAGGAUAAGGAAGCAAAGAUGUAUGCAAAGACUGAGCAAAAAACAGUCAAACCAAGUGAAAAACCAAUAGUAAUAGGAACGACAGUCUUCUCCACGCCAUCUUUUGAUAUUGUGAAAGUUGAAAGAUCCACUUCAGACGAAUCAGAACAAGAAGAAAAUAAGUUAUUUAAGUGGUAUCAAGACUUGAGUGUUCAUCGGAGUUCAUUAUUGUAA